CGAAAAGUCUACUGUCAGGGAUAGCGGGCUUUCUGCCAUUCACAUGUUCUUGAACUAAAAAGGCUUCCGUAUAUUUUUGAGUGAUUCGUGACGCACCAGCUCCGAACGGACAGGAUCAUUUCUACAGGCAAGAUGGCGACUUCGGAGCCGGUAAGCGAGAUCGAGAAUGCACCUGAAACAGAAGAGCCCCAACCUGAAGUAAUCCCCACUGCACCACCUGUGGUCACUGAUUCUGAGCAGUACAUCAAACACCCCCUGCAAAACAAAUGGGCCCUGUGGUACUUCAAAAAUGACAAGAGCAAAAGCUGGACAGAGAACCUCCGUCUCAUCGCAAAGUUUGACACAGUGGAAGACUUCUGGGCAUUAUAUAACCACAUACAGCAGCCCAGUAAGUUAGGCUUCGGCUGUGACUACUGCUUAUUUAAGGAUGGGGUGAAGCCUAUGUGGGAGGAUGACAAGAACAAGCUGGGUGGGAGGUGGCUGAUGACCCUCAGCAAACAGCAGAGACAAAUCGACCUUGACCGCUACUGGAUGGAGACACUGUUGUGUUUAAUUGGCGAGUCGUUUGACGAGGCCAGUGAAGACGUGUGUGGAGCGGUGGUCAACGUCAGACCCAAGGGAGAUAAAAUAUCCAUCUGGACUGGGAACUGUCAGAACAAGGAAGCCAUCGUGGCGAUAGGACAACAGUAUAAAGAGCGCCUGAGUAUCCCCAUCAAGCUCCUGAUUGGCUACCAGUCGCAUGACGACACAUCUAGCAAGAGUGGUUCCACCACAAAGAACAUGUACUCAGUCUGAUCAACAACACCCACCCCCAACUCAACUACAAACCCACUUGAGCUGGGCGAUAUGGACCAAAAUCCAUAUCACGAUAAAUUGACUGAAUUCACGAUAAAUUGAAUGAUAAGUUUAUAACAUUAAUGUGCACCACAGUUAUUUUUUUAUAUUACCCCUACAACUACUACUACUUUCAAUGUUGUUGCUAUCAAUUGUCCCAUUAAUAGUCACCCAUAUUAGCUAAUUUAUUUCAUUUGGAACUUCACAUCUCUCUAGUCGGGUCCUAUGGGUAAUGAACGAUAUCAGCCAAAUGUCCACAUUAAGUGGUCAGUUUUGAUACUUUUCAGUUUAUCGUCCCAGCUCACUGCAUCACCAACACAUUCAUACUUUUCAGUUUAUCGUCCCAGCUCUCUGCAUCACCAACACAUUCAUACUUUUCAGUUGUCAACUACUGUUCUCUUUACAGACGAGAGAAUUGUUCAAACGUGUACAAAGUUAGGGCCACCUCCCUGACACCUGAUUGUCCGGCUGGCUAAAUGACGUAUCUUGUACAGAAGAAAAGGAGAACAGCUGAAGCUGUUGGGAUUUGAGCUAGAAGAUCUUAAAUAAAUGAUUUAAUUUUAAAAUUGGUGAGUAUAUGUGAAUAAUAAUGCCAGUGGCUUCCCCCCUACUUGUGUAGCUGGGAGAAGAUGUUGAUUAAGGCCUGGUUAAAACACCUUCCUUUGCUGUAAACCCAAUUCCUUUUCUCAUGCAGAGUUUACUAUCACUUUCUGUUAUGAAAAGCGUUUCUCACCAACCACCCAGGAUAGGAAAAAGACCAGAUUAAUUUAGUCCGAUUUUAAAGGGCAGCAUUUUAACCUACUUUACCUGGAGGUGUUUAGCAUAAGGGAUUGCAGAUGCACCUGCUACAGAAAAGACAACCGUAUCAAAAAAGAAAAACGUUUGUAAAGAAUAGUAGUGGUCGCACGGUCUAAAGUGUGAACAUUUUGGAAGAAAGACCACGAAGUUCCAGCCAUGCUGGGAUUGAGGAUUGUUUGCUUGUAAAACUUUUUUCUCCCCCCUUUCCCUAUUUAUUUAUGAUAUAUCCAUUUGAGGUUAAACUACUUAGUUGGAGGGCAACCAUUAAAAAAAACCUGAAUUCCCCUACACUAUUUUUUUCUGUUUAGUUUUUUGUUAUUGAGGAUGUUAAUGACAUGGACUACUGCUUAAUAUAGAACCUUUUUUUACAGUGUAUCAUAGCAAGUAAAGAUGCCUGGACAAGUUUUAGGUCUGCUUCUCACCGUGUUCUUCCUGUAACAUUUCACACUACUCUCUGGGGCUGGUGCGUGUGGAGAAGAAAGGAUAUCUUCCUCUCUAUCCAUCGUUAAAUGAUUUUGCUCAUAAUGUAUCUUAAUGUAUAUUACCUUCUUUCAAGUAAAGGUUAAAUGCUUUGCAUUAAAACCAGAA